UGUAUUAUUAAAUUAUUAUGAUUAUGAUAUAAACUCAAGGAUUUAGGAACAACUUCAACAAAUGAAUUAGCGAACAUCGAUAUUUAAUAUGAUUUAACUCAUAUUAGUAAUUCAUCUCCCGCCAUAACUAUUUAAGCUCUUGAAAGCGGGAUCGCUCUCGCAGCUCUCGAAAUCCCUGGAAGAUCUUCUUCUUCUUCCGCAUUCCCCAAAUGCAGAAACCGCCAUGGAUGAAGCUCCGGCGAAAUGGAACGUUACCUUCACGAAGCACCUCAAGCAGAAGAAGCGCAAGUCCUGUCGCCACGGCUUCCUCUCUCUCCACUCCUCCACCGCCAAGGUAAUGCUGUAUGAUGACGGCGAGCAGCUGUUGGAAUGCAGGAUUUUGAAGAAUGAUGAAGUUGUUUGUUCUGGUGAGACAAUGACCUUCAACGCUUAUUUGGUUGAUGUUGGAGAGCCUGAAGGAGGGCCAAAGCCUCUUGAUGAUGCUUAUACUUGCAGCCGAGAAAAGAAAGUUCCUAAGGGAAGAGCUUCCCUUCACAGAAACACGUUUGUCAAAGUAUCUGAUUCCGCCGGAGAUGUGAAGACCAAAGUGGAAAAGGGUAAACAGCAGACGAUCGACCUAAGCCCAUCGCAGAAAAUUAUAAAAGAAUUCAAGAAGAAUGAAAUGAACAAGUACGGCAUAUUGCAGGCAAGUCCAAACUCAAGGACAUCGAGUACAACAGGCGAGUUUGGACUUUUGCUGACUCAUCUAUGCCCAUACCAGGCUGUGUCUUUCUCUUGAUGUAUGUCUUUGAUUGUGAAUCCGUUCUUGAUUUUCUUUGGGGUACUGUUUCUACACAUCUUUAAUUCUCCCGACUCUGAUGCUUUGUAUAUCAAAUCUUCUCAAUCCCAGUGGUUCUAUAUAUUUUCAUGGCUUCUAUUGAAAUCACUGGAGCUUCUUACCAUGUAUCCAAAUUUCCCUAAGAAAACUGGUCUCAAAAUUCUCUAUGCAGUUAUAUUCAAGAGUUUGUUAUUGAUGUCUCAGCACUGCAGUUGACAUGAUAUUCCUUUUGAUAUAGAUUGGCACGCCUUGGAGACAACACACUUAACUCAAAAGUUGAAAAAAUAUCAUGAUGGCUUCUUUCGUUGUACAAGCAGUGGAUCUAUGACUAGGCAGGUCAUACAGUCUACAUCUACUGUGGAUUUUUACCGUUCGAUAAUAC